AACAACACAACACUACAUUGAAAAUAAUCUUAACCAAAUCGAAUCAAUAAAUAAAUAACAAAUAAAUAAUAACAAUGUCCGAAACUAAGCAAUAACCAAGGACAAACAACACUAAUAACACAACCAACAACAGCCAGCUACUUGUGAUAAUAAUUAAAAUAGAAAUUUAUCUAAUGAAAAAUAUCGACUAGCAUUUAUAGAGGAGCUAGAACGUUAAACUGCCGUUAAUUAAGAUUAUAAAUAUUAUUAUAAAAAGUGUGUGAGUGUUAAACGAUUGAAUAAGACAAGAGAGUGUUAACUAAUAAUAAGAUAAAUCUUAUUAAGUAAGAAUUAUUAAUAAAGAUCGUAUUCUUUCGAGUGCUGUGAUAUUAAUCGAUAUUUAAAUUCGAGUUGUGACAUUGGACGAAGUUUUAUAUUGAAUUGAAGAAAAUGUUGAACAGCUUAGCAGCUUAUUUGCUUGGAGGAGCAGCACAGCCAGUCAAUGAACCUGAGAACCAAAACCCGCCUAUGAGAAUCACUUCUGUUGAAGUUGAUGACUGGUUGCUCGUGGAUAAAGAGCUUCCAUCUGAUUCUGAGGAAUCUGUCGACUCUCCUGCAGCAAGAUUGACUGACAGUGAAGGUGAGCAGCGUUCUUCACCACCUCCUGUGCUUCCAACGCACAAGCAACAUGGGUCCAGGAAUUUUAGACAGGUUGAUAAAUCUCGAAGUGCUUCAUGUUCCCCUGCGAGGACUAUGGAAGAAUCAUGGUUUGUUACCCCACCACCAUGCUUUACUUCACAAGGUCCCGGAGAGCUUGCAACUGGACCCCUUGAAAACUUGCUUAUCGAGCACCCAAGUAUGUCUGUCUACCAACGCGGUCGCUACACGACCCUCGAAGCCCUCGAGUUGACCGACGAGAACACCCGCGACGACUCCCCAGCCCCCACGGAGGCCCCAACGGACCCCACGAACACAUCGAACGACUCUGGUUCAGCUCGGGGCUUACGUGGUGCCCGAGGCUCACCCACUGCACAAAUGCAGAGAGAGGAGAAAGAGAAGAAUUCAAAGAAGAGCAAUAAAGGUAGACAGCCUUUGAAAAGGGGAGCUCUCGAGAGGAGCAAUAAAGCUCGGGAGGUUAACACCAGAAAUGCCAGAAGACGUAGGGCUGAUCAUGCUCAAGCUCAGAGGCACUCCAGGGCUAACAAUAAUCUAUGUCUGUCUACCAACGCGGUCGCUACACGACCCUCGAAGCCCUCGAGUUGACCGACGAGAACACCCGCGACGACUCCCCAGCCC